AUGGGCAGCUCGAUCCCCCGUACCGCAUACGCCACGAAUGACCCGCAAGGCGGUCGGAGAUUCUGUCAGCCCACACCGCCGCCGUUGAUGAUGAUCACCGAGAACACUACAAUGUCUCGAGCUUCGAAGGUGACGUUAGCGCUCACCAGUCUUGGUACUGCGGGGAUCGUCUACUUUGUGCAUUGGUCCCAGGAGCAAGAGAAAGCGCAAAUGCACAAAGGCGUUGAACGAGACAUGGAAAAGCAGCGAAUUCGAAUGGAGCGACAAGCAGAUUUUGAGAUGCAGAAAGCCCUGGAAGAGGAGUACCGGAAGCUUCAAAAAGUGUCUCCGAGCACAGAUACUCAAGGGUCGAGCGGGUGA